AUCCUUCUUCUCUCGUUGCUUCUUUCGCAACUUCCUCGUCUGCAUUGACCCUGGGCCUACCGAUGCACCCUCAUCCCACAUUCUACUGUGAUCCUUUUCAUUGAGCGUUCGAGCAUAAAAGAGCCUUCGUUCCCCGCCGAUACCGUCGUCGAGGUUGAAUUUUUCUUUUUUUUCGUUCUCAAUCGGUUGCCAGAAUCUGACGUUCUGCUUCCAUCGCUAAUCGAUCAUGGCCAUCAUUGACACCACAAAAGACCUUUCGGCCCUUUUCACCCAGCAGGUCCGUGCGAGUCCCAACGCCCUCGCUCUGGAGGAUGACAAAACCUCAUACACCUAUGCAGAGCUAGAUAAAGAAGUUGAGGAACUGUCGCGGCGACUGCGCAGCUAUGGCGUCAGUCGGGACAGUCUCGUUGGUGUGUUACUCCCCCGCAGUGCUCAUUUCGUCAUUGCCUGCUUGGCGGCGCUGCGGGCGGGGGGAGCGUUCCUCGUCUUGGAGCUGGCGUACCCCCCAGAUCUGCUUGCCGACGUGCUCGAAGAUGCCACUCCAGCAGUAGUGGUCACGCACCGGUCAGAGACCGGUAAGAUUAAGGGCAGCGUCCCCGUCAUCAGUCUCGACGAGCCCCCUGUCGACGCCAAUGGCCAUACUGUUGAGCCCGGCCCGUUACCGGUUGACGAUGACUUGGACCGGCUGGCUUUCGUCUCGUACUCGUCCGGCACUACCGGUAAACCAAAAGGAAUUGCAAACCCUCACCGAGCUCCUGUUCUCUCAUAUAACCUGCGUUUCGGCGUCCAGGAUCUUCAACCGGGCGAUCGCGUGGCUUGUAAUGUCUUCUUCAUCUGGGAAAUCCUGCGUCCCUUGAUCCGCGGUGCGACGGUGGUCGCCGUCCCAGAUGACCACAGCUAUGACCCGGCGGCACUUGUCGAUCUUCUUGCCUCGAGGCAUAUCACCGAAACACUCAUGACCCCGACUCUCCUUGCCACUAUCCUCUCUCGACACUCUGAUAUCGGAGCUCGAUUACCGGAACUGCGUACGUUGUGGCUAAACGGCGAGGUCGUUACUACUGAUCUAGCGCGACGGGCGAUUAGGGCACUCCCUAACACCCGACUGCUCAAUUGUUAUAGCGCAUGCGAAACCCAUGAGAUUGCGUGCGGUGAUAUCAAAGAAAUCGUAAGCGACGAAUCCCAGUACUGCCCAGUAGGUCCUCUGCUCGACCCCAAACACGCCUACAUUGUCAACGAGCAGGGCGAGAAGGUAGAGGAGGGAGUUUCUGGUGAACUCUGCGUUGGCGGGCCCAUGCUUGCAAGAGGGUAUAUCAACCGCCCAGAGACGACCGCCAAGGCAUUUAUUCCCGAUCCGUUUUCAAAUUCUCCAGGAGCUGUCAUGUACCGCACUGGAGACCGGGCGCGUAUGUUGCCGUCGGGUCUUCUUGAGAUCACUGGUCGCGUUGGUGCAAUGAUCAAGCUGCGCGGAUAUUCCGUAGUCCCGGGCAAGGUCGAGAAUGAUAUUGUCAAGCACCUCGCGGUCCGACAGUGUGCCGUCGUUGCACACGGGGAGGGCUUGGAAAGGCAGCUGGUGGCAUACAUUGUUGCCGACCAGGAACACUCUGAGGAGCGUCCAACCGUGGAGAUUAACUCCUCCGGCCACAGCCCAGGUGCCCGAAGAGCCCUGACCAAAUUCCUCGCUCACUAUAUGAUUCCCGCCCUAUGGGUGCAGGUUGAUGAACUGCCUACCCACGAGGUGUCCGGAAAGAUUGAUCUCAAACGCCUUCCUCCGCCCCCGACCGAAGUCCUCGCCAACGGGAACGGAAAGAAGGAAGAUCCCAUCGGCAUUGAGGACAUUGCAGCAAUCUGGGCGGUCGCGCUCAAGGUUCCCAAAGCGACGCUUAAGCCUGAAGACAACUUCUUUGAUCUCGGUGGUCACUCGCUUUCGAUUGCGGACCUCUCUUCUAGGCUGUCGCGGAAAUUCGGUUUCCGCAUCCCCAUCGUACGCCUGGCAGAAAAUUCAACGCUGAGCGGUCAUUUGGAUACCGUGCGAGCGAUCCGAGACGGCCACACUGCUGCUGUGCAGGCAGAUUUACCAGCAGUUCUUCGCACAGAUGCCACACUUGACGAAGAAAUUCGUUCAGACGCGAAGAUAUGCUCCCUCACAGACGCCAAGACAGUUCUGCUGACCGGUGUGACUGGCUUUCUCGGUGCAUUCCUUCUCAAGGACCUCGUUGACAGCACAUCUGCACACAUCAUCUGUCUCGUGAGAUUCAACGAGCCUGAGGACGAUGACCAGCCGGGUGGUGUUGCGCGAAUUCGCCGCAACCUCCUUGACCUUGGUCUUUGGAAUGACUCCAUAAUGGAGCGUGUCGAGAUCCUUCCAGGAAAUCUUUCCCGUUCGAGGUUUGGCCUCACGCCCGACGCAUUCCAGGAACUGGCGCAACGUGUCGACGUUAUUGUCCAUGCUGCGGCCUCAGUCAACCUGGUCUACCCGUACGCAGCCCUGCGCGCUGCGAACGUGGGUGGCACUCGCGAAAUCCUCCGCCUGGCGAGCCAAGGCGGCGCGACCGUGCAGUAUGUGUCGACCAACGGUGUCUUGCCCCCUUCUGGGGAGAAAGGGUGGCCGGAGGACACAAUGUUGGACAUGAAGGACGUGCCAACAAAGCUGCUGGAUGGGUACGGACAAACUAAGUGGGUAGCAGAACAGCUUGUCCUUGAGGCCGGUCGUCGGGGUCUCCCUGUAAGGGUUCACCGCAUCGGCACAGUCAGCGGUCACAGUCAGUCAGGUGCUGCAAAUGCCUGGGAUCUUCUCACUGCUUUGAUCGUGGAGUCGAUCAAAUUGGGCAAAUACCCUGAUGUUGAGGGCUGGCGCGCGGAAAUGACUCCAGUGGACUUUGUUAGCAAAGCUAUUAUCCACCUCGCGAAUCAGACUGCAGUGGAACAGACUGUUUUCCAUAUCGGAGACCCUGAUCCAGUGAACACCCGAUCUGUCUUCGAGGACUUGAAGACACUCGGUUACCCCACUGAGCCGCUUUCCUGGGACGACUGGGUAGCGCUCUGGACGAGCCAGCGGGGUCACGUCAAAGGUGGCGAUGGUGGCUUUACAGUUGAUAUCCUUCGCAGCGGUAUGCCAUCAAUCGAGUUCCUUCGCGGCAUCGUGGUCCUAGACAACUCUGCCACUCGUCCCAUCCGUCGGGAAGUAGAGCGGCCAAAGGUAGACCGGUUCCUCCUUGAGACAUACACCCGGCAUUGGUUUGCCCGAGGAUGGCUGAAAAGGCCGCCUAUUCGGCAGCGGCAGCUCAGCCCUAUCCCCAAGGGUCCUCUUAGCGGCAAAGUAGCAGUCGUUACUGGCGCUUCGUCUGGUAUCGGAGCUGCGGUCGCGACGGCUCUGGCCAGAGAAGGCGCCCAUGUCGCUCUCGGUGCCCGCCGUUUAGAUGCAUUGGAAUCCCUGAAAGAGAAGCUCUCUGCUAGCGGCGUCAAGGUUGUCACUUGCAAGACCGAUGUUACUGACAGGAAGCAGGUCGAGGGUCUCGUGAAGGCAGCAACCGAGGAGCUAGGUCCAGUGGACAUCCUCGUGGCUUGCGCUGGCGUAAUGUACUUUACAAUGAUGGCCAAUACCCAAAUGGACGAGUGGGAGCGGACAGUCGAUGUGAACUGCAAGGGUAUUCUCAACUCUCUUGCAUCUACUGUACCCGGAAUGCUGGCGCGCGGUAAGGGUCACGUUGUGGCGAUUUCUUCAGACGCCGGUCGCAAGGUCUUUCCAGGACUGGGAGUAUAUUCGGCCAGUAAGUUCUUCGUUGAGGCAACCCUUCAGGCACUGCGUUUGGAGACGGCCGGUCAAGGCUUGCGGGUAACAGCCGUACAACCUGGAAACACAGCCACCGACCUCCUGGGCAUGUCAACCGAUGCAGAGGCCAUCAAGAAGUACGGCGAGCCAUCCGGGGCACAGAUCUUGGACCCCGAGGAUGUUGCCAACUCCAUUAUCUACGCUCUCCGCCAGCCUGAACAUGUUGCCAUGAACGAGAUCCUGAUUGAGCCGCGAGACGAGCCAAUCUAGACGAGGUAGACUUGCAUUUGUCGCAUUGGGUCCAUGUCGCGUGGGUGGCGUUGCUAUUGUCACUUAAAUGACAGCUGUUGCUUGGGAUUGAUUGUCGCUUUGGGUUUGCGUCCUUUUUACGCAAUGUAGACAGAUAUAGGUAGAGCAGCUAGUCGU